UUUUUUACUCUUGGCAACACUGACACUGACAUACUGACUACUUUGAAAGUCAACAAAUCACAGCAUACAAAAUUUAUCAUUAUAUUUGUUUCUUGGGAAAUUUAAUAUCCAAUUAAGAUAAAUCAUCAAAAAAUGGCUUUAUCAUGUAUUAUAAGAAACGCAUCCAAAACCUCUGGUUUUGCCAAUAUCCUGAAAAAUACAGUAACAGUAAGCACUAGAAAACCUUAUUCACAACUACUGAAUAGAAUCAGUCAGAAUGUAUGUCUACCUGCACGCUGUGCCAGAAAUGACCAAUUUCUUGUUAAACGUAGUAUGUCAGCAGAUCACAGCAAAUUGUGGGGUAUCGAAAAAGCAGUUUCUAUUGCUCUCUUGGGAGUGGUUCCUGCUACAUUUUUAACACCAAAUAUCAUUUUGGACGACUUAUUUGCCAUUUUGACUGUAGUACAUUUCCACUGGGGAUUGGAAGCUUGUGCUGUAGAUUAUAUCAGGCCCAUCAUAUUUGGAGCUGCUAUACCAAAACUUGCCCUUGGAUUGCUUUACAUCAUUUCUAUAGCUACACUUGGUGGUCUUUUGUAUUACAACCACGACUGUAUUGGUAUCGGUCAAACUGUGAGGAAGUUUUGGGAAAUCAAAAAGUAGAUAUUCUACAACUGCUGUUAAGUUACCAAUUUUGUGAAUAAAUAUGAGUUUCAAUGUAUCAUUUUGAUUACUUUCAUAAAAGUAAUUCAGAUUAGUUUGUGUUUUAGCAAUGAAUGAAUUUGGAAUCAUACAUUUUAGAGUUUAAUUCAUGGGUUAACAAUAACAUGAAAUGUUAUUUCAAGAAUAAUUGAAAUUUUGAGCCUGAUGAAAAUGGGUGCUGUUAUUAAUCUCAGGAUCAACCUAAAUGUUUAUUGAAAUAAUGUGUUUUGAUUAUAUAUAAAGGCUGUAGAAUACUUUA